GGUGGGUGAAGAUUGGCUAUUGAAAAAUAAUUGCAGACAAAAAAGAUGUUCAUUAGUUUUAAAAACAUUAAGAACUGGCUGAUAUGUUACUUUUUAGCAGCACUAGGGAAAUUAUUGUAAUUAUAAGGUGUUAACUGUCCCUUUAAACACACAGUAGUGCAGGGUCGAUAGUCAUAAAAUUGCUUGCUAGCAUGUACUUUUUUGUUUAUUGUGACCUAUAAAGAAAAAUGUUUGUAGCCAUUAAAGGGACAUGAAACCCAAAAUGUAUGUUAUGUGAUUCAGAUUAUACAAUUUAAACAACUUUCCAUUUUACUUCUGUUAUUGAAUUUGCUUCUUUCUCUUGGUAUCCUUUGUUUAGUAGCAGCAAUGCAGUACUGGGUGCAAGCUGAAAACCAGUGACAAAAGGCAUAUAUGUGCAGCCACCGAUCAGCAGCUUCAGAGCCUACGUACCGAUGGAGCCAUUAAAAUACUUCAGGCUUUUUUCUCGCGCAAGUCUUUGGUUUCAUCGAAGAUGUAUGACUUCCAGCAUUCCAAAUACUAUAGAAAUGAUGAAGAGAAAAGGAGAAUUUAGCACAAAAAUUGCAUCUGGACCACAGCUGAAAGAUUUUUUAAAUAUGUCUGCUCCUAUUGAAAAAUUACACCCAUCUGUUGAUGAAGACCCCCCUCCUUAUAUUCAGAAUUCUGCAUCUUUAGUGAAUAAUAAAGUGUAUAUGGAGACCUAUGGUUGCCAAAUGAAUGUCAAUGAUACAGAGAUUGCCUGGUCCAUUUUGCAAAAGAGUGGGUACACAAGAACUAAUACAGUUGACGAGGCUGAUGUGAUCCUUCUGGUUACUUGCUCUGUCAGAGAAAAAGCUGAACAGACUAUCUGGAACCGACUUCAACAGCUGACUGCACUGAAGAGAAAACGCAGGGGAUCCAAAGGCCCUUUGAGGAUAGGAAUAUUAGGAUGUAUGGCUGAGCGACUGAAAGAGGAAAUCCUUGACAAAGAGAAACUUGUGGACAUCUUAGCUGGUCCUGAUGCAUACCGUGACCUUCCUAGGCUUCUUGCUGUGGCAGAAACUGGACAACAAGCUGCUAAUGUGCUUCUUUCAUUAGAUGAGACCUAUGCUGAUGUCCUACCAACUCAAAUUUCAACAAACAACAUAUCCGCUUUUGUCUCCAUCAUGCGAGGAUGUGACAACAUGUGCACCUAUUGCAUUGUUCCAUUCACGAGGGGUCGUGAGCGAAGCCGUCCAGCUCAUUCUGUUUUAGAGGAAGUGAGAAUACUUUCUGACCAAGGUGUUAAAGAAGUGACCCUUCUAGGUCAAAAUGUCAAUAGUUAUCUGGACACCUCUUCCAUUUCAUUUCAUGGAGCAGUAACUCCUCAACUUAGCCGUGGUUUUAGUACUAUUUAUAAGCCGAAAAAAGGAGGACUACGAUUUGUUGAUCUUUUAGAUCAGGUUUCUAGAAUUGACCCAGAAAUGCGAAUACGUUUCACUUCUCCACACCCUAAAGAUUUUCCCGAUGAGGUAAUUAAAUUAAUUAGUGAACGGCAGAAUAUUUGCAAACAAAUCCAUAUACCAGCACAAAGUGGAAGCAACAGAGUUCUGGAAGCCAUGCGUAGAGGUUAUACCCGAGAAGCUUAUUUGGAUCUGCUUGAGAACAUAAGAGGGCACAUUCCAGAAGUAAGUCUCAGCAGUGAUUUUAUAACCGGCUUCUGUCACGAGAAGGAAGAAGACCAUCAGCAGACGUUAUCACUAUUGAGUCAAGUAUCCUACAAUGCAGCUUUCUUAUUUGCAUACAGCAUGAGAAAGAAAACAAAAGCAUAUCACCGGCUGCAGGAUGAUGUCCCUCCAGAUGUGAAAAAGAGACGUUUGGAAGAGCUUGUCUCAGCCUUUAGAAGGGAAGCUGAAAGAGUGAACCAGAGGGCUGUUGACAGUACACAGCUAGUGCUGGUAGAAGGACCAAGUAAACGCUCACCGGCAGAGCUGUGUGGUAGAAAUGAUGGAAACAUUAAAGUCAUUUUUCCAGAUCCACAAGUAUCAGGCGCCGGAUCAUUGGGAGUUGUAGGCCGAACACAACCUGGGGACUAUGUCUUAGUAAAGAUUAUUUCUGCCAGCUCCCAGAGUAUGAGAGGAAUCCUGCUUGACCACACUACCCUUCAGAAGUCUGCUGCAUAUUUUGAAUGUAAAAAGACUCAAGCUUUAUCAUAGCAUUGUGAUAAUUAUUUAUACAGCUGUAUUUAUGCAAUUGAAAAGCAAACAAUGUACAAUAAAUGUCAUUUAUAAGAAAA